AUGUCUGCUCACGUUCAAGUUCAACACGCUCGCGACUUCCAGCCUGGACUGGCCACUCGUCGUACACCGUUUGCGAACACUGGCAACCAAUUACCCGUUGCUGCAGAGGUGGCGGCUGCGGUAUUACCUCAGAAGGCUCACAAGCAGCCUGCCUCACCUCCUCUACCCCGGCAGAACACCAAAACUGCCCCUCCCUCCCCGCCUCAAGUCAUCCGUGACACUGCUCAUGCCGUGUCAUAUUCCCGGGUUGGUUUCUUAGGAGAAGGUGGCUUUGCCCGAGUCUAUGAAGUACAAGAUCGGAAGGGUCAACGUCAAGCAAUUAAGGUGGUCACCAAAGAUUCUCUCAAAACGAAGAAGGCUAAGACAAAAUUGUAUGCAGAAAUCAAGAUACACCGCUCGCUCAAGCAUCCCAACAUCGUUCAGUUCGGAGAUUGUUUCGAAGACAACGAGAAUGUCUACAUGACCCUCGAGCUGUGCGAGGCAGGCUCCCUCAUGGACAUGCUUCGCAGACGUCGCCGUUUUACGGAACCAGAAUCUCGGUUUUUCAUGGUUCAACUUAUUGGAGCGUGCCAUUACAUGCACACGCACCAGGUCAUCCAUCGCGACCUCAAACUCGGCAACUUAUUCCUUGAUGCCGAGAUGAACGUCAAGGUUGGUGACUUUGGACUUGCCGCACUAAUUGAGAAUCCCGGGGAACGAAAGAAGACAAUCUGCGGUACACCCAAUUAUAUCGCACCAGAGGUCCUAUUCGACACGGCAAAUGGUCAUAGCUUCGAAGUUGACACAUGGUCCAUCGGUGUUAUUCUCUACACGCUCGUAAUCGGAAAGCCUCCUUUCCAGACUAAAGAAGUCAAGACCAUAUAUAAACGUAUCCGCGAUAACGAAUACGACUUUCCCCAGGAGCGUCCCGUAUCAUUGGAGGUGCAGAAACUUAUCCAGGCGAUCUUAACGCACGAUCCCAAACAACGCCCGACUUUACAUGACAUCGUGGACGAUGAAUUCUUUACCAAUGGGACAGUUCCCGGAUACAUUCCUCGCACUGCGCACGACAAAGCUCCCGACUUCCGACAUAUCAGCCGGGCGACUUCAAAGCUGAACCUCGACCGUCUUCGUAGACAUGCACUUCUCGAUGAAGAUCAACAUCCUAUCAAUGUGCCAAGUGUUUCGGCUAAUAUGAGCAAGAUGUCUUUGAGUGGAACGGCAAAUGCAAGCUCACUCAAUUCAAGUGCAGCUGCGUUGGCCCAGCAAGAACGCGAGUUCCAGCGUGCAGUUCAACCAAGCAGCCCCAUCUCAGCCCUACUUGGCGCGGCACGUCAACCGCUUGUUAUGGGAGCCGGAGGAAAUGCCAAUGGGCGUGAACGUGAACAGCCGUUGAUUCGUAAACUGCAAGCCGCGCAAAGAGAGGGCCGCUCUCCAGGCCGACCACUCACUGAGAGUCGAGCUUCGUCGUUAGCCUCGAGCGCAACAGGUUACGUGCCGAGCCGUGCACACACGGCAGACCUCCAAGACAUCGAGGAGGAGAACGAGCCAGAGACGAAAGAAGAAGCGUUCGUUCGGCGAAAGGAAUUAGAGGCACAAAAGGCCCGAAUCGUAGCGCAGAUGACUUCAGAACCUGCAACGAAUGCAAUGCGUCAUGCGGCUGAAUUAGAAGAUAUGGAGAACAUUCCUCCACAGUCAAGGAGAGUUGCUUCCGGUGGAGCGAAACGCGAGCCUGUAAAGGAUUUGCGAAGCUCAGUCCAGGCUCCUGUGAAGAUGCAUGGCUUUGAUGCUGUUGCUCAUACAUUGAGCGUGGCAUUCGAUGCUAAGGCUAAGGGGAAGCUGUUCAGGGAUCCGCGAGCGGACGUGGAUUUACCCGAUGCAAAGGUCUUCAUUGUGUCUUGGGUGGACUACUGUAAUAAAUACGGGAUGGGCUACGCAUUGACCGACGGGUCUGUUGGCGUUCACUUCAACGACAGUUCAUCCAUCGUUAUGUCACCAGACAAAGAUCACCUUGAUUAUAUAACGUCUAAGCAAAAUGGCGCGGCGUACACGCGGAAGAACUUCACGGUCAACCAGUACGAAGAGGGCCUGAAGAGCAAGGUAUAUCUCUUGAAGCACUUCGAACGCUAUAUUAUGGAUCGAUUGUACGGCGAAUAUCCGUUCACAUUUGAAGACGUGGAACGAGCGAAGGGCAUGGACUUUGUACAGAAAUACCUUCGUAUGAAGCAUGUCAUUGUUUUCAAGCUCAGCAACGGUGUUUUGCAGUUCAACUUCUUCGACCACACGAAAGUGAUCUUAUCAAGUCGAGGGUUACUCGUAACGCACAUCAACAAAGACUACGAGCUUUCGCGAUGGAGUCUGAGUGAGCUUAUGGCGAUGGCGUUGCGACCCGUGUCUGAUCCGGCCGAGGCGAAGUUGGUGUCGCGACUGAUGGACAAACUCAAGUACUGCAAAGAGGUUUUGAAUUCGAUAAAGAACGCUAGUGGUGGGGUUGGAUGUGCUGAACCUCCUUCGCCGGGUUCUAGUGGGGACGAAUGAGCCGGUAGGGCUGAUACGUCUUUUCCUUAUUAGAAGCUACCUUUCAUGUCUCUCCCUCUCUCAUACACUUCUUCGUUGUUCUUUUUCGUCUCCCUCGCAAAGUCCAUACAUAUGUAUCAUACACGUGCAUCGAUCUGUCCUGUACGUUCAGCGUUAGGCUGCUCGUUCGCAUUUUCCCCUACCAUUCCGCUUUCAUCAUGCUCAUGAACCUUGACAUGCAUCAGAGACGAUACUUAGCAAUAGUCCCUAGUUUUGUGUCUCGGUAGUGUGUCCAUACAUAAGUACUGUUUUCUUCCUUCAAAUUUUCUGUUUUUCUUUUCUCUAGCUAU